ACUUCAGUGCAUUUUACUAUAUUGACUGGUGAACAAGUGCAAAAUGAAGUUGUGCAUUUUGUUUGUAUUAGGAGCGAUUGCAUGCAAUUUAUGUGCCAUCAAUGGCUUUAGAAUGAAAAGACAGAUAGAUGACUUUUGCGAUUUGCCUGUAAAACUUCGAAGUACUGUAUGGAAUUGUAUGGAGUUGACUAUGCCCUUACAGGACAGACAAACGUUUUCAGAUAUUGCCCGAUGUCUUAGUGUAGCUAACUUUGUUGACGUUAUGAAUAAAAUGUGUGGCAAAACAGAAGAUGAGAUUGAUGCAAUAGCAGCACUACAUGAAGAGUGUUUGGCAGAGGUGGACUUGGUUGUACUAAAUAAUCUCGAUGUAGACGAAGAGGAGGUAGCGAAUUGUGUCAAGAAUAAUCUUUGAAAAAAAAAAAAAACAUUGACGUGCACGAUUCGUCGCUGUAUAGUUUAUCCAAUGUUGAGCCAUCUAUUAAUUUUCGUGAAAUGCGCAUAAUUAAUCCUUGUAAACCUUAAUAAUUUGUUUUUAAAUUUAAUAAUAUUUGUUUGUAAUAAAUUAGAAAAUUAUUAA